AUGGCGGGAUCGGUUAGAGAAGAGAUUAUACUCGUCCAGGUCUUGGCUGCCAUUGAUCAAGGAGAAACACUUUUGAAUGCUUUGCAAGAUGCUGUUCCAGAGGAUGUCCGUGGAAAGCUCACAACCGCUGUAUCUGCAAUAUUGCACGCACAAGGAACAAAUCUAAAACUUGAUAGGCUUCUGGAUAUUAGUAGAAUAAACAAGAAAUCAACGGGGUCUAGGCCAAAAACUCAAGAAAAAGCUGGAGGUCUAUCUAAUUCUGAAGAUCUGCAUAAAGAUGCCCAUUCUUCAGAUCAAACAAAGAGGUUGGAUGAUCUAGUGGAUGGUGCUAAUAAUACUCAACCUAGCUUGGACAAACCUGCUGGUGACAUGGGAUCAGAGCUUCGCGCUUAUGAAAAUCAGCAGAAAUCUGAUGAUGCUGCUCAGUCCCAGUCAAUCAGUCACCAAGGAGAUAGUUCUAGCUUAGCUAGGAAGAGCAGUAAUCAGUCUGGAACCAAUAAUGAAAAUAAUGAGUUCAUCAAAGAGAAAGCUGCUUCAUCUCCUGAUUCUGCUGAAAAGGAUUCAGAAGCUGAUGUCAAGGCUAGUAUUACCAGCAGAGUCGAAAAGAUAGGUGAAUCUGAGGGAGCAAUUAUUAAUGAAUACAGAGUGGACCAAGAUGUUGGAGCAGCACAACCAGGAAAGAGGGAGGACAAUGUUCAGAAAAAUGAAGAGAAAAGUCUGGAUUUUUCUGAUCAGAAUAAGACAGUAUCUGUCGAUGCGGCAGAAGAAGCAUCAUCUCUGGGAUCUUCUUCUGAGUCCCAACCAGUGGAUAGGGACGGUAAUAAUCACCAGAAGAAAGACAGUAGAAAUUCUCUGUCCAUUUCUGAUGAGAAUAUACCUGCAGUGUCUGAUUCAAAUCCCCCCACAUUUAGUGUUUCUCAAGCAUUAGAUGCCCUGACAGGGAUUGAUGAUUCUACUCAAGUUGCUGUUAACAGUGUUUUUGGUGUUAUCGAAAAUAUGAUUUCACAGUUAGAAGAUGAAAAAAAUGACAAGAAUGACAAGGAUGAAAAAAUUGAUUCAGUGUAUGAGAAACAACAGAUUGCCAGUGACCACAUGGGUAAUGAGGAAGUCAAAGAAAAUGAUCAUUUUGAUGGAUCAUAUGAAACUCGUCCUUAUAAUUUCCCUGAGAAUAAGGCAGGCUCACGACAUGGUGUGAGGACUGGAUGGAUGGAAGAGGAACAUUGUAAGUAUUCUAUUUUACAGAAUGAGAAUGACGCAGAUAAUUCUCAUGGAAAAAACAAAAACAAACUAAGCAUGGAGAGGAAAAAUAAGAAUCAGUUGGUUGGCAGCAAACUGCUGGCUGAUUAUUUUGACAGGCGAGUGAAUAACAUUCUAUCUUACGCAAAUGUGAAUCCAUACAUGGAUUCUGUCAAUUAUGAAUAUGUCAGUGGAUAUCUCCUUUCAAAAAUGCUGAGUGCCAAACCACUAGAUUUAGAUACAACAACCGCACUUCUGCUUGACUACUACCCGGAAGACGGUCAAUGGAAGCUCCUGGAACAACCUGGAAGUCUUGGAGACUCUAUGGAUGAUGUUAGAACUAGUACAGUGGGAUAUGGAAAGAUUUCUCAUUCACCUACAAAAUCAUAUAAUGCAGAUAACUUUAUUGAACCAUCUUAUGUAAUAUUAGACGUAGAGAAACAUCAGGAACCUGUUGAAGGAUAUAAAGGGAUUGAUAAUAGGAGUGAAAAUAUUGAAAAUGAUGAGGAUAGACUAGAAGAGUUCAUGACUUUUGUAAAAGCCAUUAUAAUGGAUGCUUUGAAGGUUGAAAUUGAUCGCAGAGUAAGUGCAUCAGAUAUGAGAGGAAUCAAAUCCGAACUUGCUAGAGAUUUAGAAAAAGUAGCAAAUGCUGUCUCUUUGGCUGUUGAGCGUGAUCUGAGCAAUACUAAGUGUUUUCAAAACAAGGACGAUAGUAUGGACUAUACUUUGGAAAAAGUCGGUCCUCUUAACGGGGGAAGUAUUAUUAGGGCCAUUUCGUCUGCUAUUCUGCGUACAAAUUAUCCGAGAAGAAUACUACCAGUGGGUGUAAUUGUUGGCUCUUCCUUAGCUGCUCUGAGAAAAUUUUUUCAUGUAUCCAUGUUGUAUGACAAUGAUCAAAGUAAUGUUAUGACCAUUGAUCAAACUGAAAGCUCUGGGGGGACAAAUCAUGACAAUAUCAAUUUAACUGCGACUGCUGAAAAAACUCUCCAAAAGAGCAGUCUGAAUAUUCCAGCAAGUAGAGAAGAGGAGGAAGGUGGAUCAGGAAAUGUUAACAAUGAAAGCAUCAUGAUUGGUGCUGUUACAGCUGCACUUGGAGCAUCGGCUUUGCUGGUUCAGCAGCAGGGAAACGAUCCACCGAAAGAUGAGGAAACCGAUGUAGGUUCAUCCAGAUUGAAGGAGAAAGGAAAUCUAAAUAAAGAGCCUGACAAGCUUGAGGAGGUGGGAUCUGAAAAGAAUCCAAAUAACAUAGUCACAAGCUUGGCUGAGAAAGCCAUGUCUGUUGCUGGUCCUGUUGUACCUACAAAGGAAGAUGGUGAAGUGGAUCAAGAAAGAUUAGUGGCAAUGCUAGCAGACUUGGGACAAAAAGGUGGCAUACUGAGGCUAGUUGGAAAGAUUGCUCUGCUUUGGGGUGGUCUUCGUGGUGCUAUGAGUUUGACAGACAGGCUUAUCUUGUUUUUGCGGAUAGCUGAACGUCCAUUGAUCCAGAGGAUUCUUGGCUUUGUAAGCAUGGUACUUGUUUUAUGGUCACCGGUUGUUGUUCCCUUGAUUCCAACACUUGUGCGGAGCUGGACAACAAACAAUUCCUCCCCAAUAGCUGAAUUGGCUUGCAUUGUUGGCCUCUACGCUGCUGUUAUGAUUCUUGUUGUGUUAUGGGGCAAAAGGAUACGGGGGUAUGAAAAUCCACUUAAGCAAUAUGGGCUGGAUUUUACAUCAGCACGAAAGAUUCAAGAACUUUUGAGGGGCAUGAUUGGAGGAAUCAUGGUUGUUCUGUUAAUACAGUCCAUAAAUGCUUUAAUUGGCUGUGUCAGUUUUUCUUGGCCUUCGAGUCUUCCUUCUUUGAAUACAAUGGCGUCUCUCAAAGUCUAUGGACGAACGAUUAUGCUAACUGGUCAAGGAAUCAUAACGGCAACUGGUGUUGUGCUUGUUGAAGAACUACUUUUCAGGUCCUGGUUACCAGAGGAAAUUGCAGCUGACCUUGGUUAUCAUCGGGGAAUUAUUAUAUCAGGACUUGCAUUUUCUAUAUUUCAGAGGUCUUUGAGGGCAAUCCCAGGGCUAUGGCUUUUAUCUUUGGCUUUGGCUGGGGCUCAGCAACGAAGCAAAGGAAGUAUCUUCAUUCCGAUUGGGCUGCGUGCAGGUAUAAUGACUUCAAGCUUUGUUUUACAGACAGGUGGCUUCCUCACCUAUAAUCCCAAUUUCCCUCUUUGGGUGACUGGAACCCACCCAUUUGAACCUUUUAGCGGGAUAGUUGGUCUUGCAUUCUCUUUAUUACUGGCAAUUAUCCUCUAUCCAAGGCAGCCAUUGGAAAGGAAAAAAUUUAAGAAAGUCUGAGAAUAAAUUUAAAGUCAUGAACAGGUAUUGAAGAAUGUUCAGUUCAACAUUUAGCAAUUGCUGAGUGGUCCUAACUCGGAAGACUUGGCCUUGUUGUAAUUAUAGUGUUUACUAAGUUCCUUUUUUCAUCUGCAAAUUACCAAAGAAUGAUAUAGAAAGUGGAGAACGAAGAAAAGGAAGUAGAGGCCCGGUGGAGAUCUGACAGCGUUUCUGCCUCUAUAAUGCUGGAAUACUCAACAAUACAGGCAUCAACUCCACAGAUGCAAAUCUCCUAUCUGUUUUGGUCUGGGAGGUUGAGGUGGGGUUUGUGCAGAAAAGAGAAGUAGGGAGAAGUAUAAGAACUAAAAACGAUUAAGACAGAGAUACGGGUAUACAGUAGUUGGUAGGUAAUGAAAGCCAAAGUUGAGGCAAAUUUUGUAAGAGAGUGAUGUAUAUUAGUUUAAGGUUUCGUCCUGUUUGUCCAAUGUAUCAAUAUCAUCCUGGUCCUGUAAAAAUUUAGGUACUGCUCAUUUUUGUCCCCAUUUGUCAACGAUUGAUUAAAUUAUGUAGAUCUGUAUAGUGCAGCAACUUGUAAAACAUUUUUGGUAAUUCUAGGGUAGUGGGACUCUUGAGAUUUUCUGUUCUUUUACUGGACGGAUCACCUCCACUACUCACUAGCGUCCAAUAGAAAGUGCAUUGUUAUCGGAAAGAUCAUUAUUCCUGUUCUUGAAUAUGUAUAUAUAUUUCCACCUUUAUUAUUUUAUACAGAAUGAA